CGAAAAUGAACCUUCUUUUCUACAAAUUUCUUAGUUUAUAAAAAGAUAAUAUAAAAUUGCAUUAUGUCUAAUAUUCGAAAAGAAGUAGUUAAUGCAGCACUUAAUAGAACAUUUGCAUUAUUAGAUACUACUAUUCAUAAUAAUAUACAUAAACAUUUUGAAUUUCGAAAACAAACACUUCUUGCUGAUAAAUCUCUUACAGAAGAUGAAAAAACUGAGGCAAUAAAAAAAAUAACUGAAACUUAUGAUAGAACUAAAAUUCUUCAUAAUUCAGGAACAAAAAGAAUUUGUGAGAAUUGUAAUCAAGAAUGUUUGGCUACAUUAUUUUGUGAAUAUUGUGUUCGAAAUUAUUUAAAAGCAAAUUUUUCAAAUUGGACGUCUGGAAAUGAUAAUAUUGAUAACUUAAUACAAAAAUGUCAAUCAGAAACACUCUUUACGAAUAAGAUAAUUGAAUGGAUACCAUAUAAUAAUUUACAAAAUAUUAGUUACCUAACAGAAGGUGGAUUCUCUAAAGUUUAUACAGCAAAUUGGAUUGAUGGAAGAUAUAAAGUAUGGAAUUCUAAAGAACAGGAAUUAGAAAGAUCUGAUCGUAAUUUAAAUGUAAUACUUAAAAGAUUAGAAAAUAUUAAUGCAAAUCAAAGUUGGUUUGAAGAGGCUAAAUCACACUUAACUGUAAGUAGUAAAUGGCCACGUGUUGUUGACUGUUAUGGUUUAACACAAGAUCCGUCAAAUGGAAAUUUCAUGCUUGUAUUAAAUAAAAUGGAUGUAAAUUUAAGAGAAUAUUUACAACAAAAUCAUAAUCAACUUACAUGGAAAGAAAGGAUUCAAAUUACAACUGAUAUAAUUUAUGCACUUGGUGAUAUUCAUGAGGAGAAUGCAAUUCAUAGAGAUUUGCAUUCUGGAAAUAUAUUAUAUAAAAAAAGAAAUCAGGAUUGGUAUAUUAGUGAUUUUGGAUUUUGUGGCCCUGCAGACAAACCAUUAAAAAGUAUAUAUGGAAAUCUUCCUUAUAUAGCACCUGAGGUUAUUGCUGGAAAACAGGCUACAAAAGCAUCUGAUAUUUAUAGUUUUGCUAUGCUUAUGUGGGAAAUUUCAUCUGGACAACCACCAUUUCUUAAUUGCAAACAUGAUUGUGAUCUUAUAUUGAAUAUUAUUAAUGGAAUAAGACCAAGAAUAGUAUCAGGAACCCCUUUAGAAUACGAAAGUUUAAUGAAACAAUGUUGGGAUGCUGAUCCAUUAAAAAGACCUGACGCUUAUACACUGUAUAAAAAAAUGGAUGAAAUUAAUUUAUAUUAUCAGAAAAAAUCAGAUGAACCAACUCAAUUGGAAAUAAAUAAAAAUUUUGAAAUAAAUAAAACAAGUAGUUUUAAAACAAACUACGCUAAUAGCAGAUUAUAUGCAAGUAAAGUUCAUCAAUUUGAAUUUUUUUCUGAACCGAAAAAUGCAACAGAAGAAGAACAAGAAGCAUUUUAUAGUAAAUCAUAUGAUGAGUUUCAAAUUCCUGAUAAUAUUGAUGAUUUUAAUAAUUCAAGUUAUUGGAAAAAUAAUAGUACAUCAAAAAUGAGUAGUAUUUUUAAAGCUAAUAGUAAAGAUGCUCAAAUUGAUAAUAAAAUUGAAACUAUGCAACAACAGAUUAAGAAUAUCAAUCUCGAAGACGAAAAUGAAAUACAUAAUAAUCCAAAUCUUCAUUCAGAAGAACAAGUUAAAUCGGAAAUUCCUGAUAUUAUUUAAUUUUUUAAAUUUUACAUGAUGUUAAAUUACUAAAUUUUUAUAGAUUUUAGUUUCUUUGAAUUUAUUUUAUAUUUUUAUAAUUUUUUCUGAAUAGUUUAAACACUGAGAUUAGAGUAGUAAGAUAAAAUUCUUAGCAAUGUUUCUUAGUUUGUAAUUUAAAUUAUUCAUUCAAUUUAGUUAUCAUAUAAAUUAACUUUAA